AUGACGGAUACGAUGCUACUCAGGGAGAUGGAACAAAGAGGAAUCCCUUUACAGGAUUCAUGGCUUUUGUUAGUCGUAAAUCACCUUGUUCAUCAAAGGAAAUACGCUCGAGAAAACAUAACAACCGAACUCGUCUUUCCCUUUUUCAUGGCAUCCGAUAUCCGUACUUCUACAUCUGGAGCAGGUGCUGCAGCCUAUGAUAUCUCCAGCCAGCAUAAUAUCACACUUUCAAACCCGUUGUUGGUACAAGUGGUCAGAAUCAGGGAAAUUGGGAAAAGUAUCGUAAGCCAGCUUGAGUAUUUAAAUCAAUUGGAAGAACGAAAAAACCUUAAAGGCCAGCAAAUUAUUCGGCUAGUAGACGAGGAAGAUCAAGAAGACAAAGAAGGAGAUGACAGCGGUAUUGCUGAGGCACAGGAAGCCAUAUUCGACGGAAAAGGUUUUAAGUAUAUGUGUCGACUGGUGUUAGAAGAUGCGAAUGGACAAAGAUUCUAUGGUAUGGAAUGGAAGCCGAUUCCGGGAAUUCAGCUCGACACGGAUCUGGGAACAAAACUUGUUAUUCAUAAUGCCCAGGAGGGAAGAUUGAUGAAUGGAACCGAGAAUACUUUCCGAAGAAAUUAUUGCAAGAACUAA